AUGGGAGAAACGACUGCCCUAGAGACGCUGAGACAGUUUUGUGGGGGCAUCAAGGAUAUCUUCGGUUCGGAGUAUCUAUGGAAGCCGAAUGUCGAUGAAUGCCAGAUAUUGAUAGAUAUGCACGUGAGUGUGCACCAUUUUCCAGGGAUGUGGGGCAGCAUCGAAUGCAUGCAUUGGGAGUGGAAGAACUGCCCGGUGGCUUGGAAGGGGCAGUUCACUUCUGGAUUCAAAGGGAGACACCCCACGAUGAUCCUGGAAGCCGUUGCUGUCUACCGUUUGCGAAUCUGGCAUGCAUAUUUUGGUGUCGCUGGGUUGAACAAUGACAUCAACGUUCUACAAUCGUCGCAUCUCUUCAAUGACGAGUGCCAGGGUGAGGGUCCGAAAGUCAGAUUCGUGGCCAACGGCACACUGUACAACAUGGCAUACUAUUUGGCCCUGGGAUAUACCCUCACUGGCCCGUGUUUGUCAAGAUGA